CGGGCCGCUCCCUGGACGCCCAGUACCGGCGACUAGACUGCGCAUGCGUGUCAGUGGCGUUUGCUGCGGACCGGGCUGGCAGUUCCUUCCUCGGAGGGAAAGAUUCCUCUGCCAUGGAGUCCUACGAUGUGAUCGCCAACCAGCCUGUUGUGAUCGACAAUGGAUCCGGUGUGAUUAAAGCUGGUUUUGCUGGUGAUCAGAUCCCCAAAUACUGCUUUCCAAACUAUGUGGGCAGACCCAAACAUGUUCGAGUCAUGGCAGGAGCCCUCGAAGGUGACAUCUUCAUUGGCCCCAAAGCUGAGGAGCACCGGGGGCUGCUGUCAAUCCGCUACCCCAUGGAACAUGGCAUCGUCAAGGACUGGAACGACAUGGAGCGCAUCUGGCAAUAUGUCUAUUCUAAGGACCAGCUGCAGACUUUCUCAGAGGAGCAUCCUGUGCUCCUGACUGAGGCACCUUUAAACCCUCGGAAAAACCGGGAGCGAGCGGCAGAAGUUUUCUUCGAGACCUUCAAUGUGCCAGCUCUCUUCAUCUCCAUGCAAGCUGUGCUUAGCCUUUAUGCCACAGGCAGAACCACAGGUGUGGUGUUGGAUUCUGGGGAUGGCGUCACCCAUGCAGUCCCGAUUUACGAAGGCUUCGCCAUGCCUCACUCCAUCAUGCGCAUUGACAUUGCCGGCCGCGAUGUCUCACGCUUCCUCCGCCUCUACCUACGAAAGGAGGGCUACGAUUUCCACUCCUCCUCCGAGUUUGAGAUUGUCAAGGCCAUAAAGGAAAGAGCUUGCUACCUGUCCAUAAACCCCCAGAAGGAUGAGACACUGGAGACGGAGAAGGCUCAGUACUACCUGCCCGAUGGCAGCACCAUUGAGAUUGGCCCUUCCAGGUUCCGGGCCCCUGAGCUGCUGUUCAGGCCUGACUUGAUUGGCGAGGAGAGUGAGGGUAUCCAUGAGGUGCUGGUGUUCGCUAUCCAGAAGUCAGACAUGGAUUUACGGCGGACGCUCUUUUCCAACAUUGUCCUCUCAGGAGGUUCUACCCUCUUCAAAGGUUUUGGGGACAGGCUACUGAGUGAAGUGAAGAAACUGGCUCCAAAAGAUGUGAAGAUCAGGGUAGGGCACACUGCAGGCCGGGCCGGGCACAACGGGGCUCCACAGACUUGCAGGACAGGGCAGCUCUGUCCCCUGCCGGGUCUCCCCCAAGCUCUCCAGGUAGUGCAGACUAGUACCCCAUGGCCUAUCAGGAAAACUGAAUUGACAGCUUGACCUUACCGUUACCGUGCCCUCUCCCAUCCCCCAAGGUAGGACCCCUGUAAUGCAGUUGCCUUCUGAACGGCUGCUGAAGGGCUUCAUGUGGAGAGGACAGGCCCCAAGAGAAGGCAUCUAAUUCCUGCCAUAGGUGUAUCUCCCCACGUACGGUCAGGCUGGCCACAGCUCCUGCAAAGAGCCUAUUGCGUGGUGUACAUCCAUUACACCCAGCCAAGGGACAGAGUGAGACAGUGGGCAGGGACAGGGUGGGGCUGAGAAGGUGGCUCAGCACUUGCUAUGUAAGCAUCAGGACCAGAGUGCAGAUGCCCAGAAUUCACAUCAGAGCCAGGUAGGCAUGGCCACCUCUUAAAAUGGCAGCCUUUGGGAGGUAAAGACAAGGUCCCCAAGGGCAAGCUAGCUAGGUAGGCGAGCCAGCAUGAGCCAGGAAGACCAGGUGUCAACCCUGGGCCUCCAUGCACACACUCAUGUGCAUGUGCUCCCACACACCUGGGAACACACAUGUAACAGAGGGAUGACUGCGUCUGGGUGUCUUAGAUUCCUCUCCUGUCCCCCUCUGCAGAUAUCUGCACCCCAGGAGAGACUGUAUUCCACAUGGAUUGGGUGAGUAGCCCACGGAAUAAGAGCAGAAUGGGAAGCGAGGCUCUGACCAUCCCACCAUCCUACCUUGUCCCACCCCCAGGGAAUUGACCGGCUGCACAAUUUCAUUCAGUCACACUGCUUCUCUGGGUUUUCUCCACUGCAGAGGCUCUAUCCUUGCCUCCCUGGAUACCUUUAAGAAGAUGUGGGUCUCCAAGAAGGAAUAUGAAGAAGAUGGUGCCCGAUCCAUCCACAGGAAAACCUUCUAAUGUUGCGACAUCACCACCUCUCUCUGAAGUUAACUCCACUUUAAAACUUUCUUGAGCUGGAGUGUUUGAGAGGAACUGCCUGUGUGUAUGAGUGAGUGUGUGGGUAUGGUAUGAGUGUGUACUACUAUGGAGUGCCGUGUGGCCCAGAAAUCCUGGGCCCAGAGAGGACAUUGAACUACCCACGAGGGGGAUGGCCUGAGGCCUGGGGUUGACUACUCACUGGCCCCUUGCAGGAAGAGCUCUGGCAGAGGCCCACUCCUUUCUCAGCCAGGCCUUUGGCUGACUGUGUGGAACUAUGGUUACUACCAUGAGAGACCUUGCUGCUGCCAAUCUCGGCUGGGCUGGCCCUGCUCCACUCCACCCGAGUGCCCUGAGGCCAGAGGCAGCUGCUGUCUCCCCAGCUCAUCAUUCUGUGCUGCCCAUGCCUCUGGAUCACACCGAGAACUGGGGCUGGGGUUAAGUUCUGUCUGGUUUGGUUCAGUUUGGGUUUGGGAGACUGAAAAAGCACUCUAGCAGUGGUUAAAGACUGGGUUCAGGAGAGAGCAGGGUACACUCACAUCCACCUGGGAACCAGGUAGCAAUUUGGACCGCACUGGGCAUUUGGGAAGGAUGGGGGAUAGCUUCAGGGUUGAUUUACAAGCUCCAGCCACAUCCAGGGCUCGGGGACACUGUAAGGACUGUGGGCUCCAGGUCCUGCUGUUUGCUUCUCAUACAUCUUGGUUUCAAUACCAUCGCCAUCGGUUUAUUUAUUGACAUGUUUGUUCAGUAAAGGGAGUAGAGAGGGCUCCUGUCUCCUGCCCACUGGUCACCUUUGCUUACACUAAUGUUUACAGCACCCAGGCUUUCCACAGUAUCAGGGGCUCUGGCAUUCCCUGCUGAUAGUGAACUGACAGUAUUCACGGGCCUCAGGACCCUGUGGGAUUGGAGGCCGCACAUGAAGGCACCCCAACCAGCCUCUUCCUUUCUCCUGGCCCCACUUGCUCACUGCCCUGGAGCCAACAGGCUGGUUGUGGUUGGAUUUUCUAAGACAGGAAGGAGCAUCCCUCUUUGGCAGAGGCCCUUUGUGAGGGGGGUGUGUUGGAGAUCUAGACCCUUCAAAACAAAGCAAGCUGCAGUUAACCAUGUUGCCUUUGCCACUCUAAUUGACCGGGCGACUAAGUCAAAGUGGCAGGGAGGCCCCCUUCGAGGUUGGUCAGAUUGAAGGGAGAGAAGGGGCCAGACCAAAGUGCCAAGAUCUGAUGGAUUCCAGCCUUGUCCUCGGAAGUGGUCCAAGGGCCUUUGUACCCAGUACAAAGCUAGGGUGAGUCUGUGUGCACGGCACCCUCACUAGUGAUGCCGUCUCACCCCAGUUCCAGAUUCCAGACAGUAUUCUCUCUCCACCAUCCUAUGACCAAAGGCCCCUGCCAGAUGUAAAGCGAAGCUGGUGUGUGUGGAAUCGAUGUGGCAGCCCGUGGACUGCAGUGCGCUUAGCCAGCUCACCUCUCUCAGCCCAAGCCUGUCCCCUGCACAGCCUCGCAAAGCCACAUUGCCUGGUGGGGCCCAGUGUACUUAAAUAAAGUCGUUCCGAUAGAUA